AUGUUCUUAACGCGAUAUUUGGCAAGAGCAAGGCUUGAUCAUCGACCACUGUAUAGACGUAUUUUUACGAACCAACGACUGGAUUUGAUUUUUCUAGUAACCGUACGGUCCCUGAUUGGCUUUAGUUUAUCCUUGACGUCGUUUAUUAUCACUGAUCUGAUUAUAUAUUCUGUUUACACUCAUCCGGAAAAGAAGAGGUUGCAAAGUAUAAUUGAAAAAAAGCUUAUUGAAGCUGACAGUGCUGGUUUCUCGUGA